AUGCAUAAGGAUGAAAUUGAGCGAUAUAAUUAUUGGAAGAAUUAUUCAUUAGAAUUAGGGUCUUUUAUUGUAUCAAAAUCGGAUCGGAAAUUGGCCUUAGUUGCAUUACUAAGUUCGUGGCAAGUAUUACUUGAACCACAUGUGAAGAUUUCCGAUGUGCUAACAGCUAAAAAGUAUUCCCAAGGCUCAUUACCGGAAAAUAUGAAAUCGGUAACAGGAGCACAUCUAACUAAUGGUGAAGAUGCAGAACGAACUGCAAGAUCUGCUGUAUCGUCAUCCACUUUUGGUCCUAAAGGAAGUUUAGCUAUUGCAGGCACUGAAAAUCUUGCAAUGAAAUGGCUCAAUAUUUCACCACUUGUAUUUUUUUGGCCUUUAUUUAAGAAGUAUCAUUUAGAUACUAGUACGCUAUUUAAAUUACCUCUUAAAAAGCUUCAUUUUUCACUCAAAUUUAUGGUUGGAGAGUUUAAGACAUACUUAGUUCAGUCGGCAAAAAACAAAAAUCAAACUGUUCAGCAGCAGUCGUUUUUAUUUUUGCUUUUGGAUACGAUAACCUUUGAUGCUGCAAUCACUUAUGAUAUGACGACGGAUAAUCAACAGCUAAAUAUAACAAAGGCAUUUCUGUCAAUAAACUUGGGCACUCUAUUCCCACGAAUUGAAGUAUUUUGCACACAAGCAGUAUCGCAUUUGCUAAAUGAAUUAAUGCAAAGCAUUUCAUACUGUAUGGCUAACACAGUAACCGUAACGUCAGCGAUUCAUUUGGAGGAAACACAGAAUUCCGCUAGCAAAGUUAGCGAGUCGAUCAUCGCACAAAAAUGGAUUCAAACAACGCUAAAUUUGUUUCGUGAAUACAAAAUGAAUAUGCAUAUGACUGAAGAACAGAAACGGGACAUUGCAGAAUUUUCGAUUACUGUCAAUAAUAAUAUUGUCAUCUCAGCAAUCAAAUUUGAAACAAAAAUUAUGCAUCUUCUCUUAAUGUUAAGAAUUUUCAAUAGCAAGAUAAGUCAUAAAAGUAUAUACUUUGUGGAUAAUCCAAAAAAAGCAGCGCAAGAGGUUACAUUUACAAUUCAGGAUAUUAAAAUGAUGAUGACGGAGAAGGAAACUCCUGAUAUAAAUAUUAUAUUUCAUGGUUCACUUACUAAAACUAUUAGUACUUUCCGAAGAAUGUAUGAAACGAACAAUUUCCAAAAUACUAUUCGCUUGGCUGUGGAAAGUAUGAAAUUAAAUUAUGCCAUUGGAAGUUCAUUUGUGAUAAAAGAAGAAGAUGGAGGUGAUAAAGAAGAGAAUUCGUUUGUACCCUUAUUAGAUGAACGUCAACGAACUAAAGAAAGUCAACAAAUGGCUCAGUUUAACUUUGAUAUCGAAAUAUCCCACGGAGAAAUGAAUGCUAAAAUUUCUUCAUUUGUUACAGCAAAAUAUAAUUUCAAAAAUACGCAUUGUUUUGGAAUUUUUCCAAAAAAAGGUACAGCAUCGAUUGAAAAUCAUUUCAUCACGUAUACAUCAUUUUAUUCGAAAAAAGUACCAAAAUGGAUGCGAUUGGGAAGUUUUUUUAUUAAACUACCAUCACUAUUAAUCGUAUAUGAGAAGUGUAUUGUAAAUGAAAAUGAAGUCAUUCGAAUAGGUAAUAAAGAAAUUGUAUGCGUCAAUGAAUCGUAUGCUAAUAUUGUUAUCACUGUUGGAAGUUUGGAUCAAUCAAUAAAUACCGAUAUAUUGAAUAUGCUAUUGUAUUCGCAUGAAACAGCUAUUGCUGAAUUUGCACAUGUUACGAAAAUUAUGUGUAAAAAUUCAUCCAAUAAAUCACCAUUUCUUUUUCAAUUACAGAUAUACUGCGAAAAUGUUUCGCCAUGGAUGAAGUUGACAUUAACCGAUACAACCAAUACGGCAUUUCGUAUUACAACAGAGAUCGUCAAUGUAUUCUUUGUGGGACGAAAUGUCCUGAACAACGAUAUUUUUGAGAGACGAAUACUGGGUAAUAUAUCAUUUUGUUUAAAUUUCAAACUUGGACAAAUGAUACGGAAUGAAGCAUUCCAAGAAGAUGAAUUACGAGAGCUAGCUGAUCUCACAACCAAUGUGAAAGAUAUUCUACGAGAUUUCACUUUAUCACGAAGUUAUUGGAUGAAACAAAAAAUGUUCCAUGCGACGCAAGCAGGAAGCGACUCGUCGGGGAUGACAUCUCAGAGUUCACUUUUGGAUGUAACAUAUGGAAUGGCAAUGAAGAUAACACUGCUGUUUCGUGAUCGUACCACAGCAUGUAUGCCACUUUAUAGUAAUAACCGUCGGUCAUACACAUCUGCCCUCUUAUUUGGUCUAAAAGAUGCUGAAGCAAUGGUUAAAUUCGCGCGAAGAGUUAAAGUUGAAGCUAAAUUUAGCGAUUUUAAAAUUGUUUUUGUGGAAAAUUUUGAAUAUUCAAUGGAAGAAUCCUGGAUUAAUGGCCAAGAAGUUACACCGACAAAUUUUGCAUUCUGUCCGCGUGGAUUUUGUAAAAUUGUUGUGAAAUCUUCAAAAUCGGAACAUAAGCGAGUAGCGUCUAUACAUUGCUCAAUGAAAGGCCUUAUCUUUGAUAUUGAUAGUCGUAUUGGAAGUUUGAUUGGAGCAAUAUGGAAUACAUGCGCAGCAAUUAGUGAAGAUCAAGAUGUUGACGCUAGUGAAUAUGAGCCGAUGAAAAUUGUGAUAAGCGAAUUGGAAAGGGAUGAUGACAUUAAUCAGAGAAAUGAAUAUGCAUCGAUUGUGAAACCGGAAAAGCGAAUUCGUUGGGUUGAACAAAAGAUAUAUGAGCAAACACAGAAAUUGGCUGCGACAAAGGAUCGCACAACGGAUGUCGCAUAUCAAUGGGAGUUACGGCGCUUGAAAAAACUUCAACUAAUUCGAAUCAAAACAAAAGAUGAAGGAGAUGAUGAAGAAAAAUCGAGCAGUGAAUCAGUUACAGGUGAGCAAUCUGUAAAACUCUUUCGACAAACCACGUGGAAUGGUCAGUUGAAAGAAAAUAUUAGCAAUACAUUAUUAGGACAGGAUGAGAUUCCGGCAAAGAUAAAUGAUAAUAUGAUGGAAAAUAAUGGAUCAUUCGUAUUUGAUAUGCAGUUUUUUGGUGAAGCCGGCGAAUGUAUGCUACGAAAUAGAAUUUCAAAGGAGUUGAAAAGUACGAGAGGUACAGUUCCAGAUGAUAUUGGUAGGCAUGAUGAGGCGGGUGCAGGAUUCACAAAAAUUUCAUUGCCAAGGAAAAAAUCAGCCACUGCAAUGACAUUAAAUAAUACAUCCAUACCAUAUUUGUAUAUAUCAGCAAAUGUCGCCAAUAUGCCUGAGGAAACGGCUCUUACACCACUUGUUGCUGAUUUCUUCCAACAAUUGCUAGAAAAUUUACCUCAACAUAUCCAUCAGCCGUCGGAAAACAAAAGUGAAAUAUUUAAUCUAUCUGAAACGGAACCUUUGUUAAUAUGGAUUCAUUCUAAAUUAAUGAUUAAUAUCUUACUAUCAAUAACCAUUCAGUCUAGCUCACUUCGUUUUGAAGCUAAUCAACAGAGGGCAGGUGCAAUGGAUCUUUUAUUACGGUUACCAUCAUUAAAACUUGUUGCAUCAGCUUAUAACGAUAGUGUCAACAAUGCUUUAAAUGUUUCAUUAAGCUUACGAUCAUUUUCCGUUUGCUUCUAUAAUCCACAUCAGCCCUCUCCACUGGAUGCAUUUGCGCUUACAUUAGAUAAGUUCACCGUUGGUAUUUCACAUACGAACGUAUUUUUGCAUGAUAAUUUACAUUUGAAGGUUAUUUGCACAAUCGAUAUUGGUCAAACAACUUUUACAUAUGAUAUGCGAAAACUUUCUCAACUAAUCGCCUUCCCAGCUCCGUGGUGUCGCAGAAGGAUUGCACAACGUCUUCUAAUCAAGCCUGAUCAAUUUUCAAAAAACCGAAAUGUCGGAGCUUAUCGAUUAUUCUCAAAACAAACGAGAAAAUUUAUAAAUGAAUUAGCGGUUGAAGCAUCAAUUAGUAUUUAUUGGGAAGCUUUCAAGGCAAAAAUGCAAAUGUCCAGUGCAAUGGGUGAUACAAAUUGGACUGCUAAUAAAAUUUCUGCAAAAACUAUAUUUUGCCUUCAACCAUUGGUUGAACGACAUUUCAAUGUAUGCUUUGCGGUGUCAUUUCUAGAACAGGAAGCAAGAGGUGGUGCCAUUUCUGGAUCAUUACGAUUAUCUAAUAUUGCAUUCGAUUUGAGCUGGAUAUCACUUUGCAGUAAACCUACGUCGUUUUCAUCGAAGAUAAAUUUUACACAAUUGGAAACACGAAUUGUCUGGAUGGGCCGUGUGAUUGUUGUUAUAUUAUGCGAUGAACCAUCUCUUCUACUUAGUGAUGAAUGGAAAUUACAUAACGAUGAAAAUGGAAAGAUAAAAGAAGCAGUGGUAAUGCUUAAUACAACUUUGAAAUAUUCUAAACUACAAACUGUUAUCACUAAGGCUUCAAUGAACAGCAUUGAUAAUAUCAUCCAAAAACUCGGCAUCUUUUUUAAGGAACAGAUGGAAGAAAGUCGCAGUUUGCUUAAUCUAACAAAUAGAGCAGUAUCACCAGUAAUGAAAAGUGAUGAAAAAUUAUCAGAAAUAUUUCACUGGGCAAUAAUUCUUGAUUUGGUCACUGAUAUACAAAUGAAAAGCAAGACAUUCCCGAUACCUAAUGCUAACAAUGGAAAGACAGUUAUUAAUGGACGAUUUAUUUCUGUUGGGCAGCAAGCUUCGUUAGUUCUAAUGGAAGGUGAAAUUACGGCAAAUCGCUGGGCACUUUUUUACCUCAAUCAGCCAACACUGAUUUUCUCAAAUGCUGCACAGUAUGCAUUUAUUGAUGAAAAACAAACUAUCGGCAUCGAUUUGUCGGAAAAAUUACUACUCAAAUUAAGCGGUGUAACAAAUGAUAAUAAACAACAUAAUAAUUGGACAAGUGCUAUUUGUAAAGUAGAACGUCAUAAAGAUCAAAUUUUGCUUAAGUAUACAACAGUUCAAGAAUGCCUAGCAUUAUGCAUCGAUGAACCAUUAGCGCAACUUUUCUCAUUAAAUCGCCACUCAAACAAACCUCAGCCAACAGUACUUGAACUGUUUGAACUGCCCGCAAUGGAUCUUAUUUUUACGAGCAAUCAAAAGGCACCAAUUCAUUCAGAAAAAUUGCGAGACGUUAAAUCUGAAGUUCUGUGCAGUGUCAUAUGUGACUUCCAUCAUCCGCUUGGUGUCCAAACUGAUCUUACAACACAAAUCAAUUUUCUUCCUGAAUUACUUCGUUCCUAUCUUAUUGAACAGGAUAAAGAAGUUGAAAAGGAAGUGAAAUCACUCAUGGAGAGGGAAGCAGAAAGAGGCGAAACUGGGAAAACUGAUCAACGACAAUAUAUUUGCAAGAAAUGGAAAGUGGAUCCAAAAAUACGAUUCAUCGAUAAGGUGAAGUGGGAUCCGCCAGUUAUUGAUGAGAUUCUGCGCAAACUACAAAUAUUCGAUCAUCGAAAUACUAUACCCAAAAUUGUGCAGAGGUAUAUACUGGAUCACUGCGACAUGUUUGCAUCAAAAGCUCUUUUCCCUAUCGUGAAAGUUGUGAAAGAAAUUUCAACAAAAAGCGAUCGAAUGUCCGGUAAUUUCUAA